CAGAGAUAUGGCUUUCCAGCAGUGGCAAGAUUCAUCUCGCACGAUCCAGACAGCGAGACCUACGUCUUUCGCAAAUUCAGCGAGCUGACUGCGAGAAACUUGGUCCGCAUGCAGUGUGAAUUGAUGGAUCUCGAGCGCCAAAUGAAGGAACUGGAUCGCAAAGCAGAGCCGGAGUCCAGCAAUGACCCAUCAUUUGUGCUAUCAAGCCGAUCGUGGGAGACUAUGAAGAGUCUUGCAGCUGAACGAGAUGGAGACGAGCGGAAAUUGAUGGCGUUGAAUGAGGAAAUUGAGGCAAGGCUCGAGAAUUACCAUGCGGCACUAUUGCAAGCAGGAGAGAUCGCAAAACUCAAGCAGCCGAGUAACAGAGUCAUGACCGCCUACCGGCAUGAAUUCAGCAAGAUGGACAUCCGAGGCGAUGCGGCGGCGAUGCUCGACGUCGAAUCGGAUCUUGUCGCCCUGAAGCCUCCUCCUGAUGGCGAUUUGCUCUCCAAUAUGAUCCGGAACCACUGGCCAGGAUCCAUUAAAGUGACAAAUCCAGACGGCGGUGGCAUCGUGCACUACCAAGAGCACCAGCUGCAGCUUCUCGUCUCGUUGAUCAGCAUCUCCAUCGCAACAGUGCUCCUCGUCGGGUCCAUCUUGCUCCUGUACUUCGUGCAAGAGCCAGAUUCGCGGCUAGGGUUGCUGAUCAUGUUCAUCAUCCUCUUUGCGGUCGGCAUCCGGAUCAGUACCAGCGCCAGUCGAGACAGCAUCUUCGCUGCGACAGCGGCG